UAUAGAAGAGACUCUCUCUCUCCUGCUCUUUAGCUCACACCUCGCUGGUAUCCGCCAUUUCUCUCUCUUGAAUGACUAGCUCCGACUACUCGCAUGGACGGCGGAAUUCUAGCUCCCGUUCACGGACGAGCAUGCAGGACCGGAUUCCAUACUCACCGAGCUCAGCCUACUCCGAGACUUCCAGUGUCCGGAGCCGAAACUCCGUAGCCGAUGCAGCCCGGUCUUUUGCAGGAGUCUUUGUCUCCUGCUUCACUCCGCCAGAGACGAAAAGCUCCAAAAGUUUCGCUGACUCUGAUGAAUUUGGAGCCCCCUCUGUUACACCGGAUUCUUUGGGAGCUGGUAGCCAGAGAAGGCGCAGUUCGAAUAGGGGAAUUUAUGCACAUUCCAAUAAUUCAACCCAUGAAAGAGAACCUGUUAGUGCUAGCGAGAAACUUACCAUGGAGGGUAUCUACAAGGUGACAAGGAACUUCUCGCCAUCUUUCAAGAUAGGACAAGGUGGUUUUGGGACAGUUUACAAAGGGAGGCUUGCAGAUGGAACAACAGUUGCAAUCAAGCGGGCUAAAAAGAGUGUUUAUGACAAGCAUUUGGGCGUCGAAUUUCAGAGUGAGAUCCGAACACUAGCACAGGUAGAACAUUUGAAUUUGGUUAAGUUUUAUGGAUGUUUGGAGCACGGAGAUGAAAGAAUUGUUGUCGUGGAGUAUGUUCCUAAUGGAACCCUUAGAGAACAUUUAGACUGUGUUCAUGGAAACAUCCUUGACCUCGCUGCAAGACUUGAUAUAGCAAUAGACGUGGCUCAUGCAAUCACCUAUCUGCAUAUGUACACAGAUCACCCUAUCAUUCAUAGAGAUAUAAAGUCGUCAAAUAUUCUCCUUACGGAAAACUUUCGGGCCAAAGUGGCAGAUUUUGGGUUUGCUAGACUAGCAGCUGACACCGAUUCAGGAGCCACCCAUGUGUCCACCCAAGUAAAGGGAACUGCUGGCUACUUGGAUCCAGAAUACCUUAGAACCUAUCAACUUACUGAGAAAAGUGAUGUCUACUCGUUUGGUGUGUUGUUAGUGGAACUUGUCACAGGCAGGCGUCCCAUCGAGGCAAAACGGGAACUCAAGGAACGGAUAACUGUGAAAUGGGCCGUGAAGAAGUUUGCUGAUGGUGAUGCUCCUUCAAUAUUGGAUCCAAAGUUGGAACACUCUGCAGGAAACAGUCUGGCUGUUGAAAAGCUUCUUGAACUAGCCUUACAAUGCUUGGCACCACGCAGACAGAGUCGGCCUAGCAUGAGAAGGUGUGCCGAGAUCCUUUGGAGCAUCCGCAAAGAUUACAAAGAACUACUGGGUUCAGAUUUCCGUUCAUUUUCAGCUCGUUCCCAAAGGAGCUAGAACAACAAAAUAAUAAGUGAGCUCCCAAGAGAAGUUGCUUGAAUUAUGAAUUUUUGUCUCAUCUAGAUAUGAAAAAUGUGCUUUAUCAUCUCAACGGUGUUAAUCCCGAACGCAUAACAUUGGUGUGGAUUUGAGUUAUUGGGUAUAUGGCUCUCUGUUCGGAUGCAACACCGACAGUUUGCGUCGAUUUUAAUUGGUUUCCUAACCAAUUAUUUGUAACGAAUGGAUUGGAAGGAAAAAAAAAAGGUUUCAUAAAUGUUUGGUUCUUUGGAAAGUCUAAAGGAGAUUUGCUGUUAGGUUAUCUCUAUUCUUUUCCCUGCUGGAAUGUUGAUAGAAUUGCCUUGUCUAUAAAAAUUUAGCUAGAGAUGAUUUCGUUCAUAUUCAUGUAUUAUAUUUUCGUGAAUUUCAAUAUGUUAUUCACAUUGGGUUGCUAUGUAUACUACUAAUAAGGUAAUUUGUGUGUGUAAUAUAUUGAAUAUUUGUUUCUUCAGCCAAAUAUAUUACAUUUAUAUUUAUUUAA